AUGGAGCGGGCCCUGCGGCUGGGCCGGGCCGGGCUCCGCUUCCGCUCCACCCGCGGGGCCGAGCAAGGAGCGCCCCGAGGCCGCGAUCCCCCCGCACCCCUCCCGCAGGGCCCGGGGGCCGGCCGGGGGUCGCGGACCGGCCGGGAGCUGUUGCGGGCACAGCAGGACCUGCCCCGGGCCGGCAAGGGGAAGGGGCUGGAGCGAAAGGCGCUGUCCCUGGAGAGGACUAAAGGCUCCGAGAUCCUGUUCGGGGUGGCCCCGUGCGGGCUGGCGCUGGCCCGGGCGCGGAGGGCCCUGUUCCGCCUGUUCCUGAAGGAGCCCCGCGGCGGCUCCGGGCGGCCCGUGAGGCCCGAGCUGGCCCUGCAGGCCGCGGCCCGCGGGGUGCCGGUGCUGCGCGUCCCGGGCCGGGCGCUGGACGCGCUGUGCUGGGGCCGGCCUCACCAGGGAGUGUGUCUGGAGGCCGCCCCGCUGCCCUUCAGGAGCCUGCGGGACGCCCAGGAGCCGCAGCCGGGGGAUGGAGACAGCGGGAGCCGGCAGCCGCUGUGGCUGGUGCUGGAGCACAUCCAGGAUCCCAUGAACCUGGGGGCCCUGCUGCGCUCCGCGUACUUCCUGGGGGUGGACAGAGUGGUGGCGACCCACAGCAACAGCUGCCCCUUGACUCCCGUAGUGAGCAAAGCCAGCGCUGGAGCCAUGGAGGUCUUCGAUGUUUACAGCACAGAUGAUCUGCAGGGCUUUUUGAAGGCUAAAAUUGCAGAAGGCUGGGAAGUGGUGGGAACAGUCAGCAGGCCUGAGGAUGUGGAAGAUGUUCCUGUCAUCAGCUGCUCGGAAUUCCGGUGGGACAAACCCGUUAUUGUAGUGAUAGGGAGUGAAGGGGAGGGCCUUUCCCUGGAGACUCAGCUGCAGUGCCAGCGCAUGCUGGCCAUCCCCCCGGGCAGGGCGCUGCACCCCGGCAUCGACUCCCUCAACGUCUCUGUGGCUGCAGGUAUCCUCCUGCACUCCAUCUGCAGCCGGAGACCAGGGCAUGGAGAUUGAAAUCCUCUGUUUGGUGGAGGAAGCUGCUCAGGGUGGAUAUGGAAAUGCUCUUCCCAGGGUCUCCACCAUCACUGUGAGUUCCAGAGAGAGCCCCAGUGACCUGAGCUGCAUUUUGGCUGCUGCAGAAGCCACCGGAUCCCUGACUAAACACCUGAUGUCCUAGGGAACACCUGGGAGGAGCAGCUGUGGGAAGGCAGACAGGUCUGGGAGCAGACAGUUUUGGCAGGAAGACACUCAGGGAUGGCUGCCAGCACCGUGCUUUGUGCAUCCCUUGAACCCUGGGGACAGUUUGGGUGACAGUGCCACUGAAAGUGCCCUGUGCCCUCCCCUGGGCAGCAGCUGCUGAGUGCCAGCUGAGCUCGGGAACCACUGGGGCUGGUUUUUCUGUAUCUGUUUUUAAACCAGGUGUGCAGCCCUGCCAAGGGCUGGCAAACAGCUGCAGUGGGGGGAAAUGCAGCCCGUGGAAAUAAAGCUUUUGUAAAGAUUGGUUGUAGACUCAAAUCCAUUUAGUGUCAUAUAAAUCCAGAGUGUGAUUAGACCUUCAGGUGGGAAGAGGGAUCUAGAGCUCAUUUCUUUCUGGGGAAGUUUCCUUUCCAAGCUGGGCUGAUGGAGGCUGAGGUGCCCCAGGACCACUGUCCUGCUGAUGGCACUGGGGUGGCUUCAUUUGCAAGUAUCCUGCUUGAAAAACCAGGCUGGCUAAAUUAUUGAGAGCCAGAAGAAUGUUAUCACUUAGCACCUUAAUUAUUUUAUUUAGCUACCAUGGCCCUUUGCAUAGGAUUCCUCAUUAACACUUAAUUUACAGUGCCCUUUAGGGAUAAUUUCAAACAAUUCUGCUCAGUCUGCCCCCUCCCCACUUCCAAAUGAAUAAGUAAAUCACUCUGAGUGACUAAUUAGAACUUUCCUUUGAGCUAAAUGAAGUCUGUAGGCCU